CAAUUGAUCGAGAAAAAAUUACAUAUCCGCGUGUUCGAAUCGUCUGACGCAUGACAACUGGAUGUAAUGAUGUUGAUCACUUUAAUCAUUAUGUAAUAAAUUCAAUGUUUGGAAGUUAUCCGGCGAGAGAUGACAUCCGCACGCUAGAUUUUAGAUUGAGAAUUCACAAUGCUGAUGCUAAAAUCAUGCCAAAAGUUUCCUGGACUCCCGAAUUUGUUGAGGACAAACCCCUGGAGGCACUCUCGAUACAAAUCCCCGGAUAUCACACGUGUCCACACAAUAUCAGUUCUCCCAACCGAUCUCAACCACAAAUCCAGGAUAAAUAAUGGAAUGAAUUAUCAGCAGAAGAGAUCAGUGAGUGUUGCUGCAAAAAUAGUUGACCUCUCGCCUCCAAAGAUUCAGCCAUACAUGAAGCUGAUGAGGAUCGACAAGCCGAUAGGGUCUUGGCUGCUGUUCUGGCCCUGCAGCUGGAGCAUCGCAAUGGCAGCUGCUCCAGGAUGUCUUCCAGAUCCCAACAUCCUAGCCCUUUUUGGUCUUGGAGCAUUCGUAAUGAGAGGGGCUGGUUGUACUAUCAACGACAUGUGGGAUCAAGACAUCGAUAAAAAGGUAGCCAGAACAAAAAAUCGACCCCUCGUUUCUGGCGAUGUGACGCAAUUCCAGUCUCUGGUUUUCCUCGGGGGACAACUCAGCGUUGGACUUGCUAUUUUACUCCAGCUGAAUUGGUACAGCGUUUUUCUUGGAGCUAGUUCAUUAGGUUUAGUUGUGAUUUAUCCACUCAUGAAGAGGGUGACUUACUGGCCUCAGUUGAUCCUCGGGAUGACUUUCAACUGGGGAGCACUGCUGGGCUGGUCAGCAGUCCAGGGCUCUUGUGAUUGGUCCAUCUGCUUGCCAUUAUAUACUGCUGGAAUAUGCUGGACUAUUCUGUAUGACACGAUUUAUGCCCAUCAGGAUAAAGUCGAUGAUAUCCUCCUGGGAAUUAAAUCCACUGCUCUGAAAUUUGGGGAUAAGACGAAUUUAUAUUUGUCUGGAUUUGGAGCGUCGAUGAUAGGUAGUCUAAUUACUUCGGGAAUUAUGUCCGAUCAGACGUGGCCAUAUUAUACUGCUGUUACCCUCGUUGCUGGUCAUCUAGUAAAUCAGAUAUCUACAUUGCAGAUUGACAAUCCAGACGAUUGCGCCAGGAAAUUCAUCUCCAACAGUACAAUAGGAUUAAUUUUAUUCGCAGGGAUAGUAUUAGGAAAUCUAGUGAAACCUAGGAAAAAUGAAUUGACGGAAGCGAGUGCUGAUUGAACCAAAGACCGUUGCAACGAUUGAUUGAAUCAAUCAAAACUUCUCCAAAAAUCUACGAUAUCCUUCAAUAUGUAAAGACAAUCUCUCUGGACUCAUAUAUUCUAUAUGAAAAUCAUUAAAUAUUUCAAUAAAAUACA